AGUAUGGUGUGCAAUCAAAUCAUUACUAAUGUUUCGCAAGAUGUAGAACCUGAAAUCUCUGAUUCAUAUCCUGUAAAUUCUAAUGAUGUUCUUGAAGAUAUAAAUUUACUAUGUGAUGAUAAUGAUAUAACUAAUAAUGCUUCAAAUUCUGAUGAAUAUCGAGAAGAAACUUCAUCUCGAGUCUCCAAUUUAUCUUCGACUACAUUAGCCAUAUACGUAAAGCCUAAAUCAUUAGAAG